UGGAAAGAACGAAGGAAGCUGGGAUGAGGAUAGCAGUCGUAGGGUGUAGGUUUUAUACUUAUGGAAAACUGCGCGUGCCAAGCCCAUCGCCACCCAAACUGAGCAUAUCGUCCAAUGGGGAGUAAUGCUCCGGCGAGAAUGGGCGCUUCAGGCGGUGCAAUGGCAGCGACGGAUGGUUUCCAAAGGAUUGGGCGGCUCACGGACGUGCGGAAGACGGUGUUGAAACCGUGGAGGCCAAAAAUACCGCGCAUUGACUUUGAUGGGCCUGACCUGCGAAAGCUAUCGUUGUGCGACUUGAAGUAUGUGCGGGGCACGAACAAUGCCGAUACGACGACCAAGUCCCGGUGUUGAUGUCCACAGCACACCUUGAAGCCUAAUAGAACAGGAGGCAAUUUGCGCUAGGAUCCUCAGGAUGAUCGAGACCGGGACACGCGGCGUUGGAACUUGAAAACAUGUCUGACGGCGAUGCUGAUGCGCCCGCCCACUGUGAAGGCGAGGGAAGGCAGAAGCAACGGUCUGAACCAGACUUGAUGGAUGG